AUGGGUCUACGCAGCCACAACAGCAUGGCGCCGCGCGAGCUCGCCGUGCUCUUGCUGCUCCUGGCGGCGCACGCGUCCGCCGCCGGCGUGACGAGCCCGUACCGGCGCAGCCUGCUGAUGCUCCCGGACAUGCCGCUGGACGCCGACGUCUUCCGCGCGCCGCCGGGCUACAACGCGCCGGAGCAGGUCCACAUCACGCAGGGCGACCUCACGGGCCGCGCCAUGACCGUCUCCUGGGUGACCACCGAGCGCCCCGGCAGCAACAUGGUCCGCUACGGCCUCGCCGCCGACUGCCUCAACUUCGCCGCCCAGGGCACCGUGCGCCGCUACACCUGGGGCGGCGUCUACCGGUCCCCCUACAUCCACCACGCCACCCUCAACGGCCUCCACCACGGCACCGUCUACCACUACGCCGUCGGCCACGGCUACACCGUCCGGUCCUUCUCCUUCAAGACACCUCCGAAGCCCGGCCCCGACGUGCCCAUCAAGUUCGGCAUCAUCGGUGACCUGGGACAGACGUUCAACUCCAACGACACGCUGACGCACUACGAGGCCAGCGGCGGCGGCGACGCCGUGCUCUUCAUCGGCGACCUCUCCUACGCCGACAACCACCCGGGCCACGACAACCGGCGGUGGGACUCGUGGGCGCGCUUCGUGGAGCGCAACGUCGCCUACCAGCCAUGGAUCUGGAGCACGGGCAACCACGAGAUCGACUACGCGCCGGAGAUCGGCGAGACGGUCCCCUUCAAGCCCUUCACCAACCGCUACCUCACGCCGCACCGGGCUUCCAACAGCACGGAGCCCUUCUGGUACUCGGUCAAGAUGGCCUCCGCGCACGUCAUCAUGCUCUCCUCCUACUCCUCCUACGGCAAGUACACGCCGCAGUGGACGUGGCUGCAGGACGAGCUGGCCCGCGUCGACCGCACCACCACGCCGUGGCUCAUCGUCUGCGUGCACUCGCCCUGGUACAACACCAACGACUACCACUACAUGGAGGGGGAGACGAUGCGGGUGCAGUUCGAGCCGUGGAUCGUCGACGCCAAGGUCGACCUCGUCCUCGCCGGACACGUCCACUCGUACGAGCGCAGUCACCGGGUGUCCAACGUGCUCUACGACAUCGACAACGGGAAGGCCACGCCGGUGUUCAACGCGUCCGCGCCCGUGUACGUGACCAUCGGCGACGGCGGGAACACCGAGGGGCUCGCGGCCAGCUUCCGCUCGCCGCAGCCGGACUACUCGGCGUUCAGGGAGGCGAGCUUCGGGCACGCGACGCUCGACAUCAAGAACAGGACGCACGCCUACUACGAGUGGCACCGGAACCAGGACGGCGUCAAGGUCGUCGCCGACAAGGCCUGGUUCACCAACAGAUAUUACUUGCCCACAGACACCAACUAG